AUGGCCAGCGCAACGGAGAGCAUCUGGAAACACUUCCGGCCAACUCAUCGCUCCUAGUUGUCAGUGUUGUGUGUGUGUGUGUGUUCAUCAUGGUGCUGCUGACAAUGAUAGCCCGGGUGGCGGACGGCCUGCCCCUGGCCGCCUCAAUGCAAGAGGACGAGCAGUCUGGACGAGACUUACAGCAGUAUCAAAACCAAGCCAAGCAGCUUUUCCGCAAGCUGAACGAACAGUCGCCGGCUCGCUGUACGCUGGAGGCGGGAGCCAUGGCAUUCCACUACUUAAUCGAAAAGGGCGUUUGCUAUCUGGUUCUAUGUGAAUCGGCAUAUCCUAAGAAACUAGCGUUUGCCUAUCUGGAAGAUCUGUAUAAUGAAUUCGAUGAGCAACAUGGAAAGAAAGUCCCCACCGUAUCAAGGCCCUACUCCUUUAUAGAGUUCGAUAAUUAUAUUCAGAAGACAAAGAAGACCUAUAUAGACAGUCGAGCUAGAAGAAACCUCGGUUCCAUCAACACAGAGUUACAGGAUGUUCAGAGGAUUAUGGUGGCAAACAUUGAAGAGGUUCUGCUUCGUGGUGAAGCUUUGUCAGCACUGGAUUCAAAGGCUAGUAAUCUCUCAACUUUAUCCAAAAAAUACCGCCAAGAUGCAAAGUACCUGAACAUGCGCUCCACCUAUGCUAAAUUGGCUGCAGUGGCCGUGUUUUCAGUCAUGUUGAUCGUGUACGUCCGAUUUUGGUGGCUGUGAACCACUAGAAUCGUCUAACAAAACUGUGGAGGUUAACAAAUGGAGAAUAUGCCAACGGUCUGGAUGAGUUCAUCGUUCAAUGUCACUUGUUAGCUUCAGAGGCCGCCACCCGGAAGGGAACAGCGGGGCACCUCGUGAUUCACUCUAGUUUGCUUGCAUCGGAUUACACUGUAUAAAUAAUAGACUUGAAAACAAGUUUUAUCUUUUCCUGAAGAUGGAAGAAGGAUCUAGAAAACAAACUCUUGGCUCCGUGUACCUGUCUUGCUGUUCCUGCAACUCAUUUCGGAAAACUCUUCAAAUGCAACUUGUGACGACGACGCCUUUUUCCUUUCUCCACGUCGCUGUUUUUCCUGUUUUAAAGGGGUACUCUGGUGGAAAGAUAUAUAUAUAUAUA